AAUUCCAACAGUUCACUUUCGAUUGUGACAAUGUCAACGCGUCGUCAUUUCGGGAUUGUCUUGCUACUUUGUAGUAUGAGUUUGAGCUAUAACUACAGGCUUAUAGAAAGUCACGAUGACCCUGGUACAUGUCCAGCCCGAAAUAAGGAUCCAUUAUUUGAGGAGCCACAUUUAAGGGAUCAGCACAGGAACUUUUAUAACGUCCACGAAAUACCCAGAAGGCUACCCAACUCUAAUAAUGAAAUAAAAUCUGAAAACUGGCUUUUACAGAUUAUCAAUUUUAAAGCAGGAAACCAAAAGACAAGUCAGGAAGUCCCUGGAUCAGAAGAAAUUAAUCGAAUCAAAGGAUUUGCCAGGCGGUUUCUUAAUAUUCUAGGCCUAAGACCAAAAAUGGAGGAGCCAUCAUAUAAACAAAACAGCGAACCGAAAAUCCUUUUCAUAUUAAAGAAACAUCGUGAGGCAAAGGAGCAAAACAUAGUUAAAAGAGAACCUCAGCAAUAUAAUAUCAUGUGACUCAAAGACAAAAAUUAAAGUUAAAUUAAUUUGUUAUAACAUUAUUUUGCAUUUGAGCUAGUAGCAUGUGUUCCCGUUACCCUUGUCAUAAAAUUUCACAUAGUUAUUAAGAUCUAUUACCCCUAAUUAGGCAAACUUUGUUAGAACACAUGUUCCCAGAAAGAUGGCAAUAAAUUAAAUCAUCUUCCACUGCA